ACCAAGAACUACGACAACCCACCGAUCAUCAACACAAUGGACGCAGUCCUCGACCCGUUCGACGAGCUGGCCGAGUUGGACGCCCACAUCGAUUUCGCAGCCACAGUUCAGUAUGCUACCGCCCCGCCCGAGACGCUGUCCUCGGUUGGGGGCGAUGAGGCGGCACAGUCCGUCGACGCAGUAUCAUGCGACCCAGGGCAGCCGCAGCGUGCCGCGCGAGCCGACCCUGAUGCCGCUCCGCCCGAGACGCUGUCCUCGGUAGGGAGUGAUGAGACGGCCCAAGCUGUCGACAAGCAGUUGGUACAGGAACCAGGGGAUCUGUUGCCAAUGGCACACCCUGAUGCCGCCCCGCCCAAGACACAGUCCUUGGUAGGGGGCGAUGAGAUGGCGGUAGCUAUCGACUCGACCGCUGCGAAAGGCAACACGGGCGGCGAGAUUAUCCUCUCCAGGUACCAUGUCCAGGCCACAACCUUCAACCACCUCCGCGACCUGGCCAUCUCCCAGCGCAGGCCCGACCCGUUCCGAGGCUUCACGCCCGUG